AUGAGCACGCAACACCACGGCAGCCAGGGCGAGUUCUGGGCCUGCACCACCCGCGAUGCCCCCAACCCGCCGACGACGCACACCGAGACGACAACGCGGAACGACGCCGUAAAUUCGGGAGCCGCCCUCAGUCUGUUCGAAUCAAUCAUCACCCCCUCCCCGCCUGUCCUUGAAUCCUUCCUCGCCCAGAUCUCCACCGUCACCCUCCUCGAACUCUACCACACAUCACGUCAUUUGCGCCAGUUCCUGCAAAGGUAUCCGCUCGCGUGGAAGACGCUGUCCUUUCGAUUGCCUCAGCCCGCUGUUGCAGUGGGCUCGCCAGGCAACGAGACGCCCGAGAACAGGGAACGUCAGUCCAAGGCCUACUCGUUCGACGCACUGCUGAAGCAGAUCAUAUCGCCAAAUGGCACACGAUUGACUAGCCUGGAUCUCUGCAACACGGCCGUGACAGGAAUUGCGCUGGUCGGGAGCGUCCUUGCCCCGCGGAUCGACACCCUCCAGCAUCUGUCCGUACGAGGCUGCAAGAAUGUCUCCAUCAAGUACCACAUUGUCCCCUUUCUGGAGCCAUACACAUUAAAGGACGCGCCAUGGAUGCAGAGAGACCUCGCUCUGAAGAGUCUAUACACCUACCGUUGUCGUCACCACCGCCGACGACCCUAUCUCCCCUCCUCCCUUAUUCGGAGAGACUCCGAUUCCGACCCCACACACCAGCUCAUCGAGAUCUGCCACCAAUUAGGAAUUUGGACAGAUACAGCAUGGUGUCCGACACCAGGCGGCAGGUGCAACCGGAGGAAGGACUACCACGCAGGAAGAGCAGGACCGCAGAACAUGGAAGUCUGGGUACCCUUUGAUAGAUUAUGGCGAUCAAGCAACCGCAUCGGUCCUGUGGAAGGCACGACAAAGUUGGGCGAACACGAUGGCAGACUAUGGGAGAUUGCUGAGACAGGAGAGGACGGCGAGCCGCUCGGCCCAGAGGGUGGGAACUCCGCAGGAGAAGGCAAGCAUGUCCCAGUACACGAGCGAAGGAGCCACACUGCGUUUGUUGAAGAGGUCAAAUGUGCGCAAUGUAAUGACACUAUUCUGGAGCGAUGCGAGUCUUGCAGUGUCCGCAUGCACUGCAUGGGUUGCCGAAAGACGCUUUGUGCAAGUUGCGCUUUCAACAGACCGAUACCGAGAAAACGCGUGAAGACACGGCAUUUUGCAAACCUGGCUUUCGGCAACAGCAGCACAUUGGGCGGCACACUUGGACACGCAUCGGGGUCUUCUGCACCAUUGGAGGACAGGAGUCAAGAAGAGAAGGCUGACCAGAAUCGCUUCUGGUGGGCCCCUGGUGCCACCCGAUCACCAAAUCUCAUGAAUGAGAGCGCACAGGACGACGACUCAUCUGAUUCCGAAGACGGCGGGAAUAACGGGAUGCCAAUACCUCCAGCGAAUCGAGAGCCACCAAAACUAAACAUGCAUUGGUGUUGCCUGGAGCCUAUCUUUUCUGGUGGUGGCGGCAUUGCUGUGCUAGGCACCGGAUUAGGCGGCAGAGGCGCUGAUAAGAUACGCGCAGCACCAUUACCGCGGACGAAGGAGUUUGAAGAUCCGGACUUCAGCAACACGCUUCGGCCUGUUGACUACGUCCGCGAGUUGAAGAACAACGGCCUGUAUGAGUACGUGCUUGGGGAGGAUGUUGAUAUCCUGUCGUACUUGAAGCAGGACUCGCUUGAUUUGCAACAGCAAACAUGUCCGAGAGGUCUAUGCAACGACUGUUACCGAAGCUUCCGCUGGAAAGUGUCAUGUCGGGCAUGCAAGAACCCCAUUUGCAAAGAGCAUGAUUUCAGAGCGCUAAAGGUCCGCAAGUGUGGCUAUCGGGAUUUGCAUACCGAGCGAGAGCACGUACGAUCGCAUAACGAGCCGCCACAGCGUCUUGUUAUACCAGAGUUCAAUCCAAACAGGGCCAGCACACCGGAUCCCGAACGCACACCUACAGCAUCGUCAUCCCAUCUAGAUUUCUACUCCACUGGUGACAAUGAAUCUGAAUCUUCCGAAACACCCAUGUCUCAGUCACAGAUCAUGGUUGCUCCUCAACAUUCGUCAGUCGAUAUGUCGGCCACAACGUCCCUCAAUUCCAUCUCAAACCCCGAACCUUUCCAGCUUGCAACCUCGCUCUCUUUUGUGCCUAUCAGCACCGGACGUCCACGCUCUUUCAGUGUAUCUGGCGUUCGCGGCCGACCCACUAGUGCUUGGUCGCCGAAUUCUCAACGUGUCCCGGUUAACCAUGCAAUCAUGAACCCACUUCCAUUGCCCUGCAAUCCACGGCAUCCCGUGCAGUGGAGUGGUUGUGGUGCGUAUUUCUGUCAGUACCCAAGGCCUGCAGGAGACAACCGACCACAGUGUCCGGGAAUUCUGAAGGAAUGCUCGGAGUGUGCAGUUCUUGUCUGUGAUCAAUGCGCGUCCUCGAACCCAGCUUGCACAUGCACGUUCUGCACUGUCAACUAUCACUGUCCGACGUGCACACACAAACCCAAUGUUCGCGCGAAAUGUCGGCUUGAGGCAGAGAUUAAACAGAAGAAAGAGGAGCAGCUCCGUGCGAUAGCCAAGCAGAGGAAAGACAAGGAAGAGCGCGGAAUGGCAGAUGAGUUGGCUGGAGCAAUGUUCGAGUUUUUCACAACAGUAUACGAUGAGAGCACCGGCAACCCGACCAUGGACGGCUCCUCCGCAUCGUUCACGCACGACCUGCCCAUUCCGAGCCCAGACUCUAUUACUGUAACCACAGAAUUUGGUGUCAUGGAAGAGCCUGCAAACUUGACGACAAUUAGUGCAUCUGGACCUUCACCCUACCACGCCGCUUAUGACCAUUCCGACGAUGAAGAGAACAACGUCGAGAUGACUGAAGAUGUCAAUGAGGAUGUCGAAGCCCUUCAGCAGGGGCUAGCUCAAAUGCAUCUAACUCCCGUGCCCGGCAUGAGUGCUCACAUACUACAUGUGCCGGUAGAAGUCGAGCCUGAACACAUACACGAUGACAACGGAGAAGAGUCUGAUGAGGUCAACGACACCGGUGCCGAGGCGGACAUAGAUACCGACGACCUUGACGCGGGCGCUGAAAGCACCUUUGUAGACGAGUCCGGUGAUGAUACUUUGGUUGGAGGUAUUCUUACACCCACAACCACCAUCACGGCAUGA